CAUGAUCUUGCACUUGCCAGGCAGGCGCUUAUGCCACUGAGCUAAAUCCCUGGUCCAAUUGGAUAAAUCUCUACAUACCUGAGCUUUGGCAAAGACUUUUGGGAGGAAGAGAAGGAGUUCCGCAUUAUCAUGGCACAGUUUUGAACCAUCGCCAUGAUGACUGUGCUGUCUCUCAGAUGGGGAUCUGUCAGAUGUGGUCUGGUCUUUGGUGACCGGGUUGUCAUCUGAGGGUUGUGCAUGUCAGUGUAUGGGCCAGGUUGAGCACAUGGCUGUGGCUGAGCUGAGUUUGUGGGUGCAGUUGUUAGGCUCUUCAGCGUGACACUCAGCAUAGUCUGUACCUGGGCGGGUCUCAGUUUCCAGGUGCAUGCAAUGGGCUGGUGGGACGGAACAUGACUCAGUUUUAUCUGUGUGCUGGCAGACCUUGGGCUGAGCCAGUAACACUGGGCUUGGAGUGGAGAACUUUGACAUGCUCCAGUCUCAAAGUAAAGUGUGACUAAGCAUUUGGGGCUUUUAAGUUUCAGGUUCUAGCUCCUGAUUCGCAGAGGGCCCACAGCACCGGAUCUUGUGAUUUGUUCUAUGUUUCUGCCUGCCCUACCUGCAACCUGCUCUUUGAACAACCCAUCUUCCCUGAUCAGCCCCUAGGCACACUCCAUCCAGAUUGGUUUGAUACCUCAAGCUUUACUGACACCAAGCCUGGAGGGGCAGGAACGGAGCCCGUGUUCUUUGGAGCUGUUGGCAGAGGCAAGAAUGGAGGCCACUGGGGAGCCCUAGCUGCCCAGAGAAAGAGUAUCUCUUCCCUCCUGGGCAUUUUUGAAAGGGUCUGAUUCUUAUGGUAGGGUGCCCUGUUCGUUGGAAGAUGACUGAGGCUGUUUUCUGAUCUGGAGCCGCCCCACCUCUUCUAGCCACUAUCACCUGUGGGCUGACCGAAGUCCACUGCCGUCAGCUGUGCUGCUGUGAUAAGAUUUCCUGAGCUUAACAGCCUUCCCAGUACCUGGCAGUUUAUGGUAACACUGCUGUGGCCCUUCAGGAAGGCUUGCUUUUCUGCCAGGAAAGAACCUCAGAGAGCCCCUCCCCGUCUGCACCCUCGGGGCGGGGUGGCCUGGCCUGGCAGCUGCCUGGCACCCACAAUGAGCAACCGACAAAUGAACAGAAAGACGGCUGCUCUGAAGAGCCCUGUGUCCUACACAGAGAAACCAGACAGGGCCCAGGAGUCCCCAGACUGCAAUCUGCACUGGCCAGAAGACUUGAAGGGCUCAGAGAAAAAGAAGGAUGGCCGGGAAGGGACACUGCUAAAUAAAUACAACCACCAGUACCACAAGCUCUUUAAGGACAUCCCCUUGGAGGAGAUGGUGCUUAAAGCAUGCUCCUGUGCCCUCCAGAGGGACCUCCUUAUCCAGGGCCGGCUCUACAUCUCCCCCAACUGGCUCUGCUUCCAUGCCAGCCUCUUUGGCAAGGACAUCAAGGGGGUUUCCACGUGGAGGCCCAGUGCCUGCCGUGGCUGGGGAGCAAAGGGCCCGUGUCCCGCCUCCCAGGUGGUCAUUCCUGUGGUGUCUGUGCAAAUGGUGAAGAAACACAAGAUGGCGCGGCUCCUUCCCAAUGGCCUGGCCAUCACCACUAACACCAGUCAGAAGUACGUUUUCGUGUCGCUGCUCUCCCGGGACAGCGUGUAUGACGUGCUAAGGAGGGUUUGCACCCACCUACAGCCUUCCAGCAAGAAGAGCCUGAGUGUCAGGAAAUUCCCAGAGGAUCCUGAGUGCAAGUCUCUGGAAGUCCUCAUUCCCAAGAUGAAGUGGAGAAAAAUAUGUCCUGCCCCCAGGUCGUUGUUGAUUUCAGACAGCAUUCCCUGUGUCCCUCAGGAAUCUCUGGACUCCACAGAUGGCCUCUUGCCCUCUGGGAAGCCUGCUGGGCCUGGAUCUGCUUCUUGGUCAUAUCCUCUUCCUAUCUGGCAUUUCGAAUCUCCCAGUUGGAACAGCAGCUGUGUUCCUUGGAUUCAGAUGGGCCAGUCCCUGGGCACAGCAUCUUUCCUGGGUGCUGGUAAUGGCUGCCUGGCCUUGGUCCUCACACCUCUCCAAGAAGAAUGCUUGGAUGCUAAGACCAGUUUGUGCUGCUGCCAUGCUGAGGCCGAAUAUGAAGGGAACAUUUCCGAUACUCCUCCUCCCCAUCUUCUCCUGCCCUCCACCAGUGAACUCAAGCACCUGUUUACAAAGUGACUGGUUCCUCCAGAUCUGGGACUCAAAAAGAAUCUAGAUUCUUGGAAGCAGCUGAAGAAUUCUGUAUACUAAGCUCCUGCAGCCACUUCAAUGAGAACAACAUUUAACUUGCUCCUGGGAGACUGCUCAGGCAUACAGGCCAGGCCCUUGGGACCUGGGGAUACAAAGGCCAUGCUUUGAUAGCUGGAAUGUGGCUCUGUCUUCCAUGGCUUCUCGGGGUGGGGCAGAGCACAGAGCACCUGUCCACCAUGUCCUAACACACCUGGGCCCCUUGGGUCCUGCAAGUCCCUGUUCUGGAACCCAGCCCACAGGGCUCUGCAGGGAGCCAGGCACCUGUCAGGCCUCAGGCAGGGGCUCCUGGCUGGGACCAGUGGGAGAUGAAUGUGCAUGCCCUGAGGAGGCAAUGAGCCAGUCCCUGCAGCGCCCAACAGAGUCAGCCAGCUGCAGAGAUGGAGUCCCCAGCAGCGGGUUUUGGGGCUGUGAGGUCCCAGAAUUCCAUGUCCCCAGCUGUCACUUGCUGGUGAGACAGGUACAGCAGGGCUUCCUUUGAUCACUGUGGUCACAGAUCUGGUACUAGGUUUGUCCUUGGUGUCCUCAACCAUUUCCGAAGUAGUCCUGGGCCCUGAAAGUAGGUGACAGGAAGGGUGGGAGCUGUGAUUGGAGGUCUCCUUGUGUCCUCCCUGCCUGACUACUCUCAUCUCAGGCAUGGACAACAGCAGCCUGCUGGGGAGGUUUGGCUGGGGAGCUGAGUGUGAUAGUAUCACUCAUGUCACCUGCUGCCCACGUGCCAAAGGCCAUGAAGGCUCUGUUCUGUAUUAAUAAGGUGGGGGUGUCCCGGGGGGCCUGGCCAUUGCAGAGAGCAGGUGAAAGUAGGGCCUUCUGCUUACCUGGAGAGUCCUGUGUUGUAACAGGAACUGUGGCCUGGCCUCCCCUGGGCUCUCAUCUGCUGACCGGGCCUUUGGAGGCUCUGGAAGAGCCUGGUGAUGACAACCUCACAUGAGGACUGACUGGUGGCACCAACAGUAGGUGAUAACUCCCCCAGAGCCCCUACUGGAGGUCUCUCUAUCUUCUCCUUGUCCCCUUUCUCAGACGGAGCCUGAGGCCUGGCUUCAUAUGCUGCUUGCUCCAGAUCAGUCUCAGGUGAAACUUAGGCUUUGCCCUCACACAGCCAUGCUGGUGAAUGCCUGGCCCAUCACUCAUUGCCCUCAUAAUUUCAGGGAAACAAUCCUUGCCCAGUGCUUCACCUCCUGCUCCUUGCUGACAGGCAGGAAAAACAGAUCCAUUCGCUAAGCUUUGCUUUGUGGAGCUGGCGGCCGAGGGAAGUGCCAAGUCACGGAUAGCAGUGCUAAGGUGCUCGGGAGCCCGGUCCCUUGCCAAACCACAGGCUCGGGAGGGUCAGGAGGUAUGCAGUGGGAUGGGUGGGCAGGGUCCCAUUUGGGGCCUAAAGCUUCAAGCCCUGUGCCUGCAAUUUGCCAUUCCAAUUAUUAUGUUAGUAUUUGCUGCCUGCGAAGCAGCCGUAGGUCUAGCGUUACUAGUUAUAAUCUCCAACUCGCUGCUCCCGCUGGAGUGUCCACUCUCUGUUUCUCUCUUUUGUCCCCCAACCUGGUCCUUCUGUGCAUGGCUGUAAACUGAUAAUCUAUGCAUUCCCACCUGCACUGGCAGAGGCUUCUCUGAUUCUCUGAGACUUUGGGUUUACUAGCCCUUGUUGAUCCACUGUGGCAUUAGCCUUUGACAUUUUUAAAAAUAAAUGCAUUAUUUUCUAAUGGC